AUAAAUUUGAACAGUUGGGCUCUUUUCUCGCCACAUAUUGUCCUGCGUUUAAAAAUGGCAUCAGAGAUGCAUAUCAGUCGGUAAUGUCGUCGCAUGUGUCAGUCGCACAUAUUGUUGACAUUGUGUAUUAUUGUUUUCAUACAUAAUGAACAGUUAUUAAUUUUACUUUGCAAGUUGAUUUUGGAUUGCAGUUGGACCAAAUAUCUUCUAUUUUUUUACCCUGCAAUAUGAGCAAGAGGAUGCCUAAUAUUCUUAAGAGGCGUGAGGCAAAGAAAGCUAUUUAUUAAUAGCUAUUGAGCGUUUUCAAGCUGAAUGGAUAUUAUAAAAAGUUAUUUGAUAUUAGUAUACCUGAGAUGAAUUAUUAUAAUUAUAAUAGAUGUCUCAUAAUUUAUAGGUAUACCAGUUACACAAGAAUCAAAUACUACAACUGCUUUAAAUGUAAAUAGUAAAAUUAAUGUUAUAGUAUUAAAAGUCAUUCCAGAUAAAGUAUCCAAUAGCAACCAAGAUUUUUUAAAUGGAGAUAUAUGUACAGAUUCGUCAAAUGAUUCGGAUAUUGAAGUCAUAUCCAGCUCAAUCAAAGAAAAGAAAAAUACCGCAAAAAGUAUUACAGCUAGUGCAAAAUAUUUGAAAACUGUUCUUAAAGGAUCCAAAGCCAAGUUAAAAAAUGUAGCAUCAAUUCUUAAGGAAACAAAAACAGAAUCGAGGAGCAUUAAAUCAUUCCUAGUUCCUGAGCAAUCUAAACCUUGUUUAAUGUUAACUAAUCAUACUGUUUCAAGAGAUAAAAUAACUGAUGAUGAAGCUGGAAUUUUAGUCGAAAAUCUGCGAGAUUCAGAAAAAUCUCAGAUUUUCUGUAAAAGUUUUGAAAAUAAUGAAAAUCUGUUGCAUAAAAUAGGUGAAAAUGCCUCAAGGGAUUUUUUUCAACCUAAUGAUCAAAUAAAUAAUACUCUUGAAUCUGAAGAGAAUGUAAAUAUUGUUACACCACAGUCAAUAGAAGAAACUGAAUCAAAUAUUACGCUUAAACAGUUUAAAAAUAAAUUCAAAGUAACCAAACAAUCUAACACUCUUAUGACUUUAAGAAAUGAUACUGAUUUGAAAGAUCAAACGAUUGAUGAUGAAACUGGAAUUUCAUUUGAAGACUUAGUAGAUUUGGCUGAUGAUGAAAAAUUUCCGUGCAUUAAUGACAAAUUGAUGGAUGAUGGAAAUGCACUUAAAAAUUCCUCAAAAAAUUGUCUUUCACCUACUAAAAUCUCAAAUUGUUACGUUGAUCCUGAAAAUUAUGAUGUGAAUAAUGUUACAUUUCAAUUGAGAGAUAAAGAUUUGGUUGAUAAUAGUGAUGGAACUAAACAUGCUUCUUCGAGGGUAAACAGUGUAGCUGAUGAUGAAGCAGACAUUUCUAAAACCAAUGAUGUUCUACAUGGUAUAUCAGAUGAUAGCAUUUCAAAUUCUGAUAGUUAUCGAAAAGGUUUUGUGGACUCAUUGCCUCCUAAAGAUGAUCCAUCUAUAAUUAAUAAUGCACCCUUGAAUAUAACCAGUGUUGGUAAUACUUUAUUAUCUACAGACGAUACUGAAUCAUUGAAUUCACUUGUGAGGCUGAAAUGUACAAAUUGCUUAACUUUGGUUCAGUGUCCUGAGGUAGAGCCGCAAAUGGAGUGCCAGAAAUGUUGCUUGAAAUAUCAAUACCAAUGCAAAAUAUGUACAUCAGGUUUCGUUUCGUUAUAUUCGCUUUAUACCCACCUCAUAAAGUUUCACAGUCGUGGUGAAGCGGUGCAUAGUUUAAUAAUAAAGCCACAAUAUGUUAAAAAGCCUAGGCAAAUCAAAAGGUUGCAAUGUGAUUCUACAGAAAUUUAUAAUUGCCAAAAAUGUGGUUCGGUUUUCAAAUUAGAAACAAUUAAGAAUAAGCAUGAGGCUAUUUGCUCCAGAAAUCCAAAGCUCAACUGCCCAUUUUGCUCUCUUGCUAUGAGCUUUAAAAAGAAUCUUAAAGAACACAUGAUCAAACUUCACUCAGAAUCAUUUGAAAUGAAUGAAGUGGAUGGUAUUAUUAAUCAGAUUGUUAAGGACGGAAAUAAAAAAAGGAGAGAUGAGAAAGCCGCAAGCCUUCUUCAGAUGCUGCAAGUUGCUUACUGCCGCAAGUGCGAUCGCCGCACACCGGUCCACGAAUUGCUGAACGGAGAAAUGAAUUGCGCGAUCUGCAGCGAAAACUUUGUCUUCACCUGCACCGACCCGCAGUGUUCACGGAUUUUCCCGACUGCAAAGGCGCUUAGUUCGCACGCGCGCAUGCUGCACAUCGAGAAGCGCGACCAUUACCGUUGCGCUCACUGUCUCUACGCUACGACGAGCAGCAGGGAUUUAAUAAGGCAUCAGAAGGAUUGCGGCGAUCUGGUAAUCCUGCCGCCACGUCUGUUCGUCUGCCCUAACUGCGACAAGAGUUUUAAGAAAGAGCGCUAUCUGCAAGUUCACCUACAACGCCCUGAAACCUGCGCUCGCAAUAAGCAGCGCGAGCUUGUUUGUCCAAAAUGCAAUAGAACGUUUCGGAUGCAGCACUGGCUUCAAAAUCAUCGUUGCGAGUCUGUAACGACGCCGUUGGAGCUUUCGGAGCCGACCCUGCCAAUGGAGCUAUCUUCCACAGAACUCGUUCCACUCCAAGAGCCAGAAUACCCUUGUCCCGAUUGCGGCAAAGUCUUCAAACAGAUGCGCUGGUUUAAUGCCCAUAAGGAGAAGUACUGCUAUAAGCAGCGAGUACUUUAUCGGUGUGCCCACUGUCGCUACCAGGGUUUCGAAAAGAAGAAACUCAAGGUGCACAUUAGGUGCGCUCACAUACAUCUGUGCACUGGGAAGAAGUUGCGCUGUGUAAAGUGUGGCACCAAGUGGACAAGCAUUUAUUCUCUUAAUAGACAUCUAGAUAACUGUAGCGGUGACUAUGAGACCGAGAGGGUAAAGAUGAGGAGAAAAAAGAAAAAAUCUUGGGAAGAGAUGUUUGGAUACGUUUGAGCUUGCGCGAAUCAUCGAGUCCUAUUGAAAUUUAUGAAAUCAUUAUCUGUCCAGGUAGUAAUUGAAAGAUCAACAGUUGACUAUAUUGCUGUGAUUUUCUGUAAUGUUUAAGUGAAAUAUCAAUUUCAAAUUGCCUUUCCCGGUUAUAUUAAACAGUAACUAAAUUAGGCAAGUUUGAGACUGCUGCCUAACGAUUGUAAUUUUAUAAGCUUAUGGCUGUUAAGAUAUGUAUACUUUUUAUAUUGAGUACGGUUUUUACGUUGAGUGUAUAUUUCUAUAAAAUAGUUACUUCACUGCGUUGUAA